ACCACCCGCCUCCGUCCCUUCGGUUUCCUCCUCCCUUGCCCCCCCACCGCGCGCGGCAGCGGCAGGCAGCCUCCCCUCUCCGAGGAGGGUGCUAAAACCCUAGAGACCCUCAGCCAAAGGGUCUCUUCGCCUUGCUCGCCAUGCGGACCGCCGAGGAGAAGGGCAAGAGGGCGAGGACCGACGGCGCCGAGGAGGACGGGGGAGAGCCCAUCGACCGCGCCCUCCAGCUCUCCAUCGAGAAGCUCCAGGGGAUCCAGGACGAGAUCGAGAAGGUUAAUGAGGAAGCAAGCGAUAAGGUUUUAGAGGUGGAACAGAAAUACAAUAAAAUUCGUAGACCAGUUUAUGUUCGACGCAAUGAAAUUAUCCAGAAAAUUUCAGACUUCUGGCUGACAGCGUUCCUUAGCCAUCCUGUGCUUGGUGAUCUUUUAACCGAGGACGAUCAACAGAUUUGUAAACACUUGGAGUCUAUUUUUGUGGAUGAGUCAGAGGAUAUUAAAUCGGGCUGCUCUAUUACUCUAACCUUUUCUUCCAAUCCGUAUUUUGAAGAUAAAAAGCUUACAAAGACGUAUUCCAUGAGUGAUGAUGGAACAGUCACAGUAGAGGCUACCUCCAUUAAGUGGAAGGCAGGAAUGGAUAUUGUCAAUGGAAAGGUAUGCACCAAGAAGGGUGAAAAGCGACUGCUGGUUGAUCAAAGCUUCUUCACUUGGUUCAAUGCUGCAGAGAAUGGAAGUUUUGCUCAUGGUGAGAUGGAUCAGGUGGCAGAUAUCAUCAAGGAAGACUUGUGGCCUAAUCCUUUGAAGUAUUUCAACAAUGAGCUAGAAAGUGAGUUUGAACAAGAGGGUGAUGAAGAGGGAUCUGAUGAGGAGGAAUCCGAAGAUGAAGAUGAAGAUGGAGGGGAUGAAGAGGAGACCUGAGCCCUCUUUUAUUACAAUUGGAUCUGAUAACUUAUGUCUGCAGAAUGCGUGAGACUUGGGCCUCCAAAGGGCUGAUGAAAACGAGGCGUCCCCUUUUGCGGUGUUUUGGUGCUUGCCUUAGUUGGAGGUUUAGGAGCUAUUUUCAGAACUUCAGUUUAUCGGUCGAGAAGCAACUCAUUGCUCUACUGUAUCAGAUUUCUGUACUUGGCCUGCUAAAUAUUUGCUGUGCUUAGCGUUGCAGAAAGUAUUGAUAGCUUGUACUGAAAAACAUCAUGGCUAUUCGUACAUGUAGUAUUUGUGCACAAUGCAAGUUCGGCCCUUUACUGCGCA